AUGGCUUGUACCAAUACAAACAGGAUAGACGGACACCAGAAUUGCCGUCCGCCACAUUCUUCAUCUUUCCAACAAGAAUUUGUCAUCACUCAUGUAAUAUUUUCGAAAAAAGUUACACUAAUACCUGAAAUACUCAAUCAAAAACGUUCCCAACUAACUGAAAAACCCGGUUCUGCUGUGGGUGUCACAGUAUUCUAUCAAACACAUGAUGGCGGAUGGAAAGAAUGUGAAGGUGAUAUCAUCGCAUCCAUACCGAUACGUAACAAAGAUCCGAGAUGGUUAACUAAUUCGGUCAUUAACAUUACUCCAGCCAAACUGAUAUCAGUCAUGAUUCGAGGGUGGAUUCCUGUGAAAGAUGAACUUAGAAACAACAACUACACACGAACUCGUUAUGCAUAA